CGCGAUGGCUCCGGCUGGGGACCGCGAAGGCUACUGGGGCCCCACUACCUCCACGUUGGACUGGUGUGAGGAGAACUAUGCGGUGACCCUGUUCGUCGCCGAGUUCUGUGUGGAUGUCUUGCCUACAUACAUAUCUGUGCGCCACUUGUGGGACUCAUGUCAAACAGACGAGAAGAGGGCACUGGCUCCCCUUCGAGUUGGCAUUACAGACCAGUUGUGAGCCACUGUGGAGGGAAUACAGUGAGCAACCUGAUUAUGAUCAUACCUCCGAUCUUUGGCGCAGUUCAGAGCAUCAGAGAUGGGCUGGAGAAACGGUACAUUGCUGCUUACUUAGCACUCACGGUGGUGGGGAUGGGCUCCUGGUGUUUCCACAUGACUCUGAAGUAUGAAAUGCAGCUGUUGGAUGAGCUCCCCAUGAUUUACAGCUGCUGUAUAUUUGUGUACUGCAUGUUUGAAUGUUUCAAGACAAAGAACUCAAUAAACUACCAUCUGCUUUUUACCCUAGUCCUAUUCAGUUUAAUAGUAACCACGAUUUACCUAAAAGUAAAAGAGCCUAUAUUCCAUCAGGUCAUGUAUGGAAUGUUGGUCUUUACAUUAGUACUCCGUUCUAUUUAUAUUGUCACAUGGGUGUAUCCAUGGCUUAGAGGACUAGGUUAUACAUCCUUGACUAUCUUUUUGUUGGGAUUUUUAUUGUGGAAUGUAGAUAACAUCUUUUGUGAUUCACUGAGGAACUUUCGAAAGAGAGCGCCCCCUAUCAUUGGUGUCACGACACAGUUUCAUGCAUGGUGGCAUAUUUUAACUGGCCUGGGCUCUUAUCUUCACAUCCUUUUCAGUUUAUAUACAAGAACACUUUACCUGAGAUACAGGCCAAAAGUGAAGUUUCUCUUGGGGAUCUGGCCCAUGGUCAUGUUUGAACCUCAGAAGAAACACUGAUGAAUUCUUCUAUCAAGGAAACAAAAGCACCUGCUGUAGCUCUGGCAAGAUGGCCCAGAAGUCCCCAAAGACUCGCACAUUCAGACACCAUGCCCGUCACAAGAGGUGGAUGACUCAGCCGCACAGAAUGAGCGUCGGUUUGUUGACUGUUUAGCUCCUGGCUUUAUCUCAUUUGUCUGUGACCUAAGAUGCUUACAGAGAAACUGAUGGGUGUAUAUUUAUAUUCUAGAAUGGGAGAAGUUGGACUUUUCUUAGCAGGUUAACAGUCUGUGCUGGUCAUUCAUGAAAAAGUUAAUAUUUUUUAUUUUUUUUUUACAAGAGUUGCAUGUUAAUUAUAUCUUUCCUAAUUGUUGAUUAAAUAUUGAACAAAGUCAUUAAGGACUGGCAAAAUCCCAUUUCCAGAUGGUUGACUGUGAGCCAGUACUUAGCUGUGUCAGCUUUGAUUUAUAUUAUUAUAUUAACCUCACAGCUUCCUGGGUAGCCCCGCACUACCUGCCUUGGUGCUAGCUGGGGCGCUGUAAGCAGACUCCGACCUGCCCGUGAGUGGGCUCUGUUCGGGCUCUGGCCCACAGCCAGUCGAGGGGGCGGGCCGUCUGUCUGUCAUUCCGCUGGGAGUUCUUUCAGGGCUCCUAUCUUUCACCAGUUAAAGUCUGUUGUUUUGCUUUGUUUAAUUUUCAAGUUAUUAUUAUUUUUGCAUCUAGCAAAUUUAUCUGGUGGCCUGGCCUACCCAUAUUCUGUAUGCCAGCAUAGUUUAAAUGAAGUUACCAGGGGAAGUUGGACAUUUUUUACUUCUUGCAUUGUGCAGUAUUUCCCAGUUUUCAGAGAGGUCAUGGCUAUACCCAGACACAUGUCAGAUUAACUCCAGUAAAACGGUCAGUACUGUUUUGCAUAAAGCUUAUUAAAGUAUUUGCUCCUUCAUUUUUUGAGGAGAAGAAAUACAAGUAUUGAAACAGUACUGACUUGUAACUUCUCAGCAUCUAAAACUUAACAAGUCAGUAAUAGCAGUAAAAUCUCAUGGGGAGGCAGAUAGGCCUAAUUUGGAUCUCAGUGUCAAGAAAUUGAAUUGAUUGUCACAAACAAUAAAUGAAAGAUCAUAUAUCUAUUGAUUGCAUCCUGAGCUAUGGCUUCAAAAGAAAAGUAGGGGUUUUUUUCUCAUGCAAAAUUGAUAAAAACAACUUUCCCAUUUUCCCAAGAGUAAUUAAGAAGCCUUAGCCUGGCAGGGUGAUGCACGCCAUUAACCCCAGCACUCAGGAGGCAGAGACAGGCAGAUCUCUGAGUUUAAGGCCAGCCUGGCCUACAAAGUUCCAGAACACCUACAAGGUGUUCUUGAGACUGUGGAGACCGGGAUUUCAAACAGACAAACAAAAAGCAUUUGGUUCUUUAGGUAGUCUUGGUACAUUUUUAAAACCAACAUUAAACAAGCAUACCUUUUAUAAAAGCAAGACAUGCCAAAACAUAAAUCUAAUGGCUUAGAGGUAUAGGUGGCCUUGUCUUCAAGGUGUUCUUGAGGCUGUGGAGACUUGUGUCUCAAAAAACAAAACAGCAACAAUAAAAAACAAACAAAUAAAAAGCAUUUGGUUCAUUAGGUACUUUUGGUACUUUUUUAAAACCAAAAAUGUUUCCCAGAUGGCCAUUAAAGAAACACACCUUUUAUGAAAGCAAGACAUGCCAAAACAUAAUCUAAGAGAACCUCAGUUGUACUUUCACUGUAGACAUGGGUCAGAGUCCAGAGUGUGCCCACUGAGAUGCCCGGGAACUGUGUCCUGGAACAAGAGUUGGAGCAGAGACACAUGGAUAGCGAUGGAAAUAGAGACCUUUCACUAGGAAUAGGACUGGCAAAGGUCUAGGACUGAAAGGUCCUUGGCCAGCAGAGCCUCUGUCCUGUGUAGCACAUUUACACGGCCUCCAUCUUUCUGGCAAUUAGAGAGGUCGGGCUUAUUUUAAAGCAUACUGUUUUGUUAUGCAUAUACCAGAGUUGGAAAGGUUUCCAGUCUCCCCUGGUGUGGUUUCUGUUUGUUUGCCGCCAGAACUUCCUGUUCGCCUACCUACCUCACUCUACCCCAUCCUCAGAGCUGUGGUAAGGGGCUAAAGGAUAAUAGCCUAUUUGUGUAAUUUCCAUGCUGAUGAGGAAUAUAGUCCUUGCCAAAGAGAGACCACAAAGCUCUCUUUCUGUUGUUUCUAUUGGUUGGAGAGGAGGCUUUGGAGGACUUGAAUCCCUGUAUCAUAAUGAGCUAAGUUUGAAAUUGUCAUAUCCUAGAAGACACGAAUUGUACAGGAUUAAAAAUGCAAGAAUUUGAGCUGAAGAGAUGGUGUAGCAGUUGAGAGCACUGAUUGCUCUUGCAGGGAACCUGGGUCUGAUUCUCAGCACCCACACGGUAACUCACAACCUUCCAUCCCUGCAGUUCCUGCGGCUCUAGUGACCUCCAGACACACACAUGGUACACAUACGUAUCUACAAGCAGAACAUCCAUACACCUAAAAUAAAUAAAUCUCUAAAAAGUUGUCAGUGCAAGAACAGUAUGAUUAUACCAGAAGUGGCCCCAGGAAGGACCUGAAUCAGGAAAACCAAAGCUAUGUUUGUGUAAAUUGUUCUGGAUAUGAUCCUUUAGACUGCUAAAAUACAAAGCAAAACAAAACCACAUACACACACACACAAACAAAAAACCCAACUGAUGGUUAUAUAUUGAGAUCAUGGUAAAAUACAAAAAAACAAAAACAAUUUUUAGGGAAAAAUCCAAUAGUAGAAUAGAUUAAAGAAAAGAUACUAUGGAUUGUAACCACAGUUACCAACAGUGCCAAAAGAAAAAAAAAGCAAAACAUACAGUUGUAAUUACUGAUAGAUUUGUAAUAAUUUAUCUUUGCCUUUAAGAAGUUAAAGCAUCCCAUUUGUUGUCUUUAAGUCCUUCAGCCUUUUCAUAGCUUAGAGGAGUAGGUGGCCUUGUCUUCAAGUCUUGAGUCUGUGGAGACUUGGGUCUCAUGGACCCUGGUGCCACUUCCUUAGAAUGAGCUCCACAGGCUGUAUCCGUCUCCAGAUGUCUAGUGCCCGUCUUUAACCAGCUUUAAUGCCCUGCCAGCUGCAGUCUGUUGUCUCUGCCCAGGCUCGCCAGAGAAGUAAGACUGCACUAGGGCACUGCGUUCUAACCACAGUAAGGGAGACUUCCCUGUUUGGGUAAGACUUAAUAAUAUGUCCUUUUUAUUACACAGAGUAAGUAUACCCAGUCUGAUGUUACUGCUUGGUGAUAUCGUAACUCCUAUAAUUUUCAUUUUGGAAAGGAAGUUCAACUUAAAGCUCUUUGGCAAAUCCAUCCGUCAUUCUAGAUGUAGCUCAGCCUUACUGGAGUCUCAUCCAUCACUGUACAGUAAGAGCACUCUUGUAGGAGGAGCCCGUCCAGCAGAAGAAUUCUCAGCACAGCGUCCAAAGAAUUGGGUCAAAAUAGAGCAUUUUCAUGCUGUUUUAUUUUUGUUACCCUUGACUUUUUUUUAAAAAUAAAAUAAAGUUUUAAUUUUUUCCAGAA